AUGAUCGUCACACACAGCCUGCAGAGGCUACUGUUAGCAUCACUGCACCUGCAGAGGCUACUGUUAGCAUCACUGCACCUGCAGAGGCUACUGUUAGCAUCACUGCACCUGCAGAGGCUACUGUUAGCAUCACUGCACCUGCAGAGGCUACUGUUAGCAUCACUGCACCUGCAGAGGCUACUGUUAGCAUCACUGCACCUGCAGAGGCUACUGUUAGCAUCACUGCACCUGCAGAGGCUACUGUUAGCAUCACUGCACCUGCAGAGGCUACUGUUAGCAUCACUGCACCUGCAGAGGCUACUGUUAGCAUCACUGCACCUGCAGAGGCUACUGUUAGCAUCACUGCACCUGCAGAGGCUACUGUUAGCAUCACUGCACCUGCAGAGGCUACUGUUAGCAUCACUGCACCUGCAGAGGCUACUGUUAGCAUCACUGCACCUGCAGAGGCUACUGUUAGCAUCACUGCACCUGCAGAGGCUACUGUUAGCAUCACUGCACCUGCAGAGGCUACUGUUAGCAUCACUGCACCUGCAGAGGCUACUGUUAGCAUCACUGCACCUGCAGAGGCUACUGUUAGCAUCACUGCACCUGCAGAGGCUACUGUUAGCAUCACUGCACCUGCAGAGGCUACUGUUAGCAUCACUGCACCUGCAGAGGCUACUGUUAGCAUCACUGCACCUGCAGAGGCUACUGUUAGCAUCACUGCACCUGCAGAGGCUACUGUUAGCAUCACUGCACCUGCAGAGGCUACUGUUAGCAUCACUGCACCUGCAGAGGCUACUGUUAGCAUCACUGCACCUGCAGAGGCUACUGUUAGCAUCACUGCACCUGCAGAGGCUACUGUUAGCAUCACUGCACCUGCAGAGGCUACUGUUAGCAUCACUGCACCUGCAGAGGCUACUGUUAGCAUCACUGCACCUGCAGAGGCUACUGUUAGCAUCACUGCACCUGCAGAGGCUACUGUUAGCAUCACUGCACCUGCAGAGGCUACUGUUAGCAUCACUGCACCUGCAGAGGCUACUGUUAGCAUCACUGCACCUGCAGAGGCUACUGUUAGCAUCACUGCACCUGCAGAGGCUACUGUUAGCAUCACUGCACCUGCAGAGGCUACUGUUAGCAUCACUGCACCUGCAGAGGCUACUGUUAGCAUCACUGCACCUGCAGAGGCUACUGUUAGCAUCACUGCACCUGCAGAGGCUACUGUUAGCAUCACUGCACCUGCAGAUGGCUACUGCAGAGGCUUCAUCACUGCACCUGCAGAGGCUACUGUUAGCAUCACUGCACCUGCAGAGGCUACUGUUAGCAUCACUGCACCUGCAGAGGCUACUGUUAGCAUCACUGCACCUGCAGAGGCUACUGUUAGCAUCACUGCACCUGCAGAGGCUACUGUUAGCAUCACUGCACCUGCAGAGGCUACUGUUAGCAUCACUGCACCUGCAGAGGCUACUGUUAGCAUCACUGCACCUGCAGAGGCUACUGUUAGCAUCACUGCACCUGCAGAGGCUACUGUUAGCAUCACUGCACCUGCAGAGGCUACUGUUAGCAUCACUGCACCUGCAGAGGCUACUGUUAGCAUCACUGCACCUGCAGAGGCUACUGUUAGCAUCACUGCACCUGCAGAGGCUACUGUUAGCAUCACUGCACCUGCAGAGGCUACUGUUAGCAUCACUGCACCUGCAGAGGCUACUGUUAGCAUCACUGCACCUGCAGAGGCUACUGUUAGCAUCACUGCACCUGCAGAGGCUACUGUUAGCAUCACUGCACCUGCAGAGGCUACUGUUAGCAUCACUGCACCUGCAGAGGCUACUGUUAGCAUCACUGCACCUGCAGAGGCUACUGUUAGCAUCACUGCACCUGCAGAGGCUACUGUUAGCAUCACUGCACCUGCAGAGGCUACUGUUAGCAUCACUGCACCUGCAGAGGCUACUGUUAGCAUCACUGCACCUGCAGAGGCUACUGUUAGCAUCACUGCACCUGCAGAGGCUACUGUUAGCAUCACUGCACCUGCAGAGGCUACUGUUAGCAUCACUGCACCUGCAGAGGCUACUGUUAGCAUCACUGCACCUGCAGAGGCUACUGUUAGCAUCACUGCACCUGCAGAGGCUACUGUUAGCAUCACUGCACCUGCAGAGGCUACUGUUAGCAUCACUGCACCUGCAGGAGGCUACUAGGCUACUGUUAGCAUCACUGCACCUGCAGAGGCUACUGUUAGCAUCACUGCACCUGCAGAGGCUACUGUUAGCAUCACUGCACCUGCAGAGGCUACUGUUAGCAUCACUGCACCUGCAGAGGCUACUGUUAGCAUCACUGCACCUGCAGAGGCUACUGUUAGCAUCACUGCACCUGCAGAGGCUACUGUUAGCAUCACUGCACCUGCAGAGGCUACUGUUAGCAUCACUGCACCUGCAGAGGCUACUGUUAGCAUCACUGCACCUGCAGAGGCUACUGUUAGCAUCACUGCACCUGCAGAGGCUACUGUUAGCAUCACUGCACCUGCAGAGGCUACUGUUAGCAUCACUGCACCUGCAGAGGCUACUGUUAGCAUCACUGCACCUGCAGAGGCUACUGUUAGCAUCACUGCACCUGCAGAGGCUACUGUUAGCAUCACUGCACCUGCAGAGGCUACUGUUAGCAUCACUGCACCUGCAGAGGCUACUGUUAGCAUCACUGCACCUGCAGAGGCUACAUGCAGAGGCUACUGUUAGCAUCACUGCACCUGCAGAGGCUACUGUUAGCAUCACUGCACCUGCAGAGGCUACUGUUAGCAUCACUGCACCUGCAGAGGCUACUGUUAGCAUCACUGCACCUGCAGAGGCUACUGUUAGCAUCACUGCACCUGCAGAGGCUACUGUUAGCAUCACUGCACCUGCAGAGGCUACUGUUAGCAUCACUGUUAGCACCUGCAGCAGGCUACUGUUAGCAUCACUGCACCUGCAGAGGCUACUGUUAGCAUCACUGCACCUGCAGAGGCUACUGUUAGCAUCACUGCACCUGCAGAGGCUACUGUUAGCAUCACUGCACCUGCAGAGGCUACUGUUAGCAUCACUGCACCUGCAGAGGCUACUGUUAGCAUCACUGCACCUGCAGAGGCUACUGUUAGCAUCACUGCACCUGCAGAGGCUACUGUUAGCAUCACUGCACCUGCAGAGGCUACUGUUAGCAUCACUGCACCUGCAGAGGCUACUGUUAGCAUCACUGCACCUGCAGAGGCUACUGUUAGCAUCACUGCACCUGCAGAGGCUACUGUUAGCAUCACUGCACCUGCAGAGGCUACUGUUAGCAUCACUGCACCUGCAGAGGCUACAGAGGCUACUGUUAGCAUCACUGCACCUGCAGAGGCUACUGUUAGCAUCACUGCACCUGCAGAGGCUACUGUUAGCAUCACUGCACCUGCAGAGGCUACUGUUAGCAUCACUGCACCUGCAGAGGCUACUGUUAGCAUCACUGCACCUGCAGAGGCUACUGUUAGCAUCACUGCACCUGCAGAGGCUACUGUUAGCAUCACUGCACCUGCAGAGGCUACUGUUAGCAUCACUGCACCUGCAGAGGCUACUGUUAGCAUCACUGCACCUGCAGAGGCUACUGUUAGCAUCACUGCACCUGCAGAGGCUACUGUUAGCAUCACUGCACCUGCAGAGGCUACUGUUAGCAUCACUGCACCUGCAGAGGCUACUGUUAGCAUCACUGCACCUGCAGAGGCUACUGUUAGCUCACUGUUAG